GGCGCGGGGCGGCCCGGGGCGGGGCGAAAUGAAAGCUAGCGUCUGCCCGGCAGACGUUCCCCGCUGCCCCGGGAGUCCUCAUGUCGCGCAGUGCAGACCCUGAGCCGCGCCAGCGGACGGCGGCGGUGGACGCCGCCUCAGCAGCCUUCCGGUCUAGCGAGCAUCAACAUAUCCGCUACAACCCGCUGCAGGAUGAGUGGGUGCUGGUGUCAGCUCACCGCAUGAAGCGGCCGUGGCAAGGGCAAGUGGAGCCCCCGCUCCUGAAGACGGUGCCCCGCCACGAUCCCCUCAACCCUCUGUGUCCCGGGGCCACACGGGCCAACGGCGAGGUGAAUCCCCACUAUGAUGGCACCUUUCUGUUUGACAAUGACUUCCCAGCUCUGCAGCCUGAUGCUCCGGACCCAGGACCCAGUGAUCACCCCCUCUUCCGAGCAGAGGCCGCUCGAGGAGUUUGUAAAGUCAUGUGCUUCCACCCCUGGUCGGAUGUGACGCUGCCUCUCAUGUCGGUCCCUGAGAUCCGGGCUGUCGUGGAUUCAUGGGCCUCAGUCACAGAGGAGUUGGGUGCCCAGUACCCUUGGGUACAGAUCUUUGAAAAUAAAGGAGCCAUGAUGGGCUGUUCUAACCCCCACCCCCACUGCCAGGUGUGGGCCAGCAGUUUCCUGCCAGAUGUUGCUCAGCGGGAGGAGCGGUCUCAGCAGUCCUAUCACAGUCAGCAUGGAGAGCCCCUGCUGAUAGAGUACAGCCGCCAGGAACUACUCAGGAAGGAACGUCUGGUCCUAACCAGUGAGCACUGGCUAGUGCUGGUGCCCUUCUGGGCAGUGUGGCCCUUCCAAACACUGCUGCUGCCCCGUCGACAUGUGCGGCGGCUGCCCGAGCUGACCCCGGCUGAGCGUGAUGAUCUAGCCUCCAUCAUGAAGAAGCUCCUGACCAAGUACGACAACCUAUUCGAGACAUCUUUUCCCUACUCUAUGGGCUGGCAUGGUGCCCCCACAGGAUCAGCAGCUGGGGCCAACUGGGACCACUGGCAGCUGCAUGCUCAUUACUACCCUCCACUUCUGCGCUCUGCUACUGUCCGGAAAUUCAUGGUUGGCUAUGAAAUGCUGGCCCAGGCCCAGAGGGACCUCACCCCUGAGCAGGCCGCAGAGAGGCUAAGGGUACUUCCAGAGGUACACUACUGCCUGGGGCAGAAGGACAGGGAGACAACAGCCAUUGCCUGACCACAGGGCUGGAGUCCUUCUGCCAGAGGAGACUGAGGCCUGGAGCAUGGGCAAAUGUAGCAUCGAUAAAAUUAAAUUAAAACUUUAAUUACAUA